ACAAUGGCAGAGCCAGCAACGGAGAAAGAGACAUCAUCUGUGAUGCCAGACUCGUUUCUUCUCUCAGAUAGUGUUUCAAAAUUGUCUCUGUCUCCAUCAGCAAAAAUGACAACGAACGAGAUCACCUGGUCCCUUCUCCCUGAAAAGCCACUGAACAUUAUCUCCGAGAAGCUGGAUGACUGUUUCGAUGUUGUUCAUGCUCGCUCUGUUUGCACCUCGUGGCGUUCCAUCAUUCCCUUUCCUUCUUACCUAUCACACCAAAGAUACUCUCUUCCCACGCUCGAUAACAAAGGCUCUUGGACCCUCGAGAAGAUCCCUCUCUUCCUCUUUAGACCCCGAGCUCUUGCCGCUGACUACUUCUUGGGAGGGAUAGGCAGAGAUGAGCCAGAGGAGGAGCUUCCAUAUCCUAACCAAUGCUCAGUUAAAGUAGAGAUUCCAGGAUCAUCUGAUCCAAGGUUGAUGAACAUGCUUGACUGCCAGAUCUUCCCUCUUCGCCAUCAGUACCGAAUGAUUGGUUGCAAUGCUGAAGGAUACAGAUGCGUGGCUGUUCUUCCUCUAAACAAGGAGGGAGGGGGAGAUUUCGUUGUUCUCCUCAACUGCUCUAGUGUUUUGAUGGUGUUGAGAAGUAACGAAAUGAGGUGGAGGCGGUUUCAGACACUCUCAGUACAUCCGUGCGAUGAUUUAGUCACUUUUAGAGGCAGGUUUUACGCACUCUUUCGUUACGGAGACGUUUUCGGUUUCGAUCCUCAUUUCCUGGAACUGUAUCCGCUGGUACGCUUCGAGCUUGAUCGGAAAUGCGGUUGGUCCACCUCUCUGGUUCCAUCUGGUGAUGAUGAGCUUUUCCUGGUUGAGCUAAUCUGCUCUCAUAAUGCUGAUGUGUUAGAUUUCAUGAGUCAGUUAAAAUUAAGAGUGUGUAGGCUAGAUGUGGAAGCUGGUCAAUGGGUGGUGGUCAAAGAUAUAGGAGACCGUGUGUUGGUUAUUGGAGACUUGGGAAAUGUCUCAUUCUCGGCGAAAGAGCUUCCUGAUGGUUGUGGUGUGAGUGCGAACUCAAUUUUGUUUACUUAUGGGCCAAGCAAUGUAACAUGCUCCUACAAAUAUGACGACGACCUCAACUGUUGGAGAUAUUCAAGAGAGGAUCUGGUGACUAUCCUCGGCACGUCUCCGGUAGUGGCUCUCCGGGUUGAACGAUCUUCAGCAGAUGCAUAUAGCCACCGUUCUUCAUGGCCACACACCCGUAGGAGUGUAAACUAUAGAGUAUGA